GAUCUUCCCCUUUUCCUUAUUCUUUUUUUCUGCUGGUUCUGUUCUCUCUCGUCUCGUCUCUCUCUCUCUCGUCUCUCUCUUACCAACUUCAAACCCGCGUGGUUCAAACGAAAAAUUGAAGGCCUAAGGCUUGAAAAUUACGAGGAAAGGCAAGAAGAAGACGUGAUCUACGGACGGAGGGCCACGCAUUGAUCCGAAUGAAAUCUCAGUCGGCCGAAAUUCGAGAUUCCAUCAUUUUGGAGGUUUCUCUCUUUUGAGAGGAGAAGUGAACCCUCAUGCUUGCAAUGGAGAAUGGCAUUAACUGUUGCUUCUCUGCUUCAGCAUCGAAUGUGUACAUUUAUUUCAUUACUAUCGCUAUUGCACUUGUUGUGAUACGGGUUUCGUAUGUCAUAUACCGGAGUAUCAAACCACUUCAUACUAAGUCUCCACAACCUCUUAGUACUCUCAUUGUUCUCGGUUCAGGAGGUCAUACAGCAGAGAUGCUCAAUCUGUUAUCUGUGCUGCAUACAGACAGCUUUACUCCUAGAUUUUACAUUGCAGCCGCCACAGAUAAUAUGAGUCUUCAGAAGGCACACUUGUUUGAGAAUUCCGUGAUUGACAAGACAGGGGUGCUAGAAAAUGCCCAGUUUAUGCAAAUAUACCGAAGCCGUGAAGUAGGCCAGUCAUACUUAACCUCUAUCGGGACAACCUUAAUGGCUAUUGCUCAUGCUCUCUGGCUAAUGAUUAAAAUCAGACCCCAAGUGAUUCUAUGCAACGGCCCUGGAACUUGUUUACCUCUAUGUGUGAUUGCAUUCUUUUUCAAGGUUGUGGGCAUUAGAUGGUCAUCUACCUUUUACGUUGAGAGUAUAGCGAGGGUGAGGAGGCUAUCUUUAACUGGCUUGCUUCUUUACGAGUUACACAUGGCGGAUAAAUUCUUUGUACAAUGGCCACAACUACAAAGGAAGUAUCCUCGGGCUCAUUAUGUGGGUUGCCUCAUGUAGUUGAUUCGGGCUGAAGCAGCCGUUUGCCAUGAGUACAUUUUUGCCUGCCGAAGCAAACGGAGCAUGAGUCGCAAUAAUAUAUUUCAAAAGUGUCCAGUUUACACAGUUGCUGUCCAAGCAAACAGAGCACAAGUCACAAUAAGAUAAUUCGAAAGUGUACAGUUUAGACAGUUACUGUAAUUAACUUCAUGAAAUUUGAUGGGAGAUACCUCUAGAGGCUUUAAUAAUGAUUUGUACUAAUGUAGUAACUUUCGAAUUAGAUUUAUCAUUUUGUAAAUGGUUCACGGUUGUUUUUGGCCACUAACUCCUAAAUUUGAUCUCGCUUUCUGCUUUAGGUUUGAAUAUCUUCCUGGGAUUUUUGUAACGGAGACAAGCUUACGGAUGGCUCAUAAUGUACCUACAAUUCGUUAA